GGCAGAAUUAUGGCACAUGCUUGAAUAUGAGUGGGAAAGGAGGUGGGGAAAGAAGCAGGGUUCCAUUUACAGCCCGAAGGGAUUUAAACCAGUGCCUAGCGCAGCCGAAGAGAGAAUGGGACGUGAUGACCGCAGGUUAAAGAAAGUUGCAGAGAGAGUGGCGUUUAUGAAUAGUUUGGAUAAAGAUGCGGGCGGUCAUGUGUUCCCACGAAUCAGGCCUACCUCUUCCGCUCGCAAUUCGAAGAUCCAAACGUUCAUCAUCUCGCAGCAGCACACCCGCACCAUUCUUUCCUUGUGCAAAUCUCACCAUGCUACGGUGACGAAUGCCAUCUUUGUCCUGGUGACGUUUGCAUGGCUUCGCCUAGUUGCAUCUCGUACUGACCCUCGCAACGCGCGUGUCAGCGAGGCGGAGCGGAAACGAUGGAAGGCGAUUGGGAGCGAGCGGAUGCCCAUCAUGAUGUACACCGCCAUUAACCUCCAAUCGAACAUUUUCCUUGCCUUGGGGUACCUUAACGUCGUCCUUCCUGGAUUCCUUCCCCACCUUGCUCUCGAACAAUGUGAAUCAGACGAAGAAGCGAGGAAAGUGCUAGAGAGAACCUUCUGGUUACGUGUGCGGAGUGUACGAGAUCAACAUACGAAGGUAUUGAGCAGUCCAUUGUUCCGAGAAAGGGCUGAAAGGGCCAAAGCCUGGGCGGUGAUCGAUGAUUACGAGGAAGAGCUUACUACAGCUAAGGCCGAAGGUGGCAGUCGAGUUGCGCCGAAGCAGCCAAGGGUUCCAUCCGUCGCUCUCCUUGGCGUAUCCCUCCUCGCUAACCUUGACAACCUCUAUCUACCGUCCAACUUCCCCGCAUUGAACCUUUUUGACAUCCUUAACGGUACCAGGAAAAAUACGGGCGGGAUACUGCUCAUGGGGUACACGUUUAGAGGCAGGAUUUACUCCACUCUUGGGUGGGACUCCCGAUCUUUCGAGCCUGGUGUUGUGGAGGAAUUCUUCGAGAAGUUCGAAGCGACCUUGAAGGAGUUCUUACUUCCCAGUGUUGAAGGCGUCGUAUUUGAGAGAGGGUUGGAGUGUCGAUCGAAGGCGGCGGAACAAGCGAGGUUGUGACU